GAGCUUCGCUAUCGCGCCGUGGGGACAUUCCCCGGCAGGGUCGCGCCGAGAGCCAGCUCAAGCCCUGGUACGCAAUUGUGCGGGAUUUUCUCCAGGAGGGGAAGCCUGUGGCCAACAUGAACAGGGGCGAGAAACAUCUUCCGCAACGCAGAGAGAGCAGGUCGCCUGCGGCGGACGCAACGAGGCAGGGUCGGAGGGAAAGGAACCGUGAUGCCAGAAGAGGAGAGAGGGAUCACCGGAGAGAGCGGUCGAGAUCCUGCGAUUGGGAGGCGAGGCCAGAAUAUGCCUCUCCUGAACGCGAGAGAAGUCUGCGGGAUGAGCCGGACAGGGAGAGGAGGCAGCGGGAGAAGGAGCGUGCGCGUCCACAGAAGAGGAGGUCUCUGUCGAGGGAGAAAAGUGAGAGGCGAGAGGAACGAGGGCGCAAUGUGCACACGGAGAAGGAGCAAGGGGGUCACAGAGAGCGCAGGCGUGGGGACGACAAGGGUGUUUCCAAAGGAGGUGAAAAGAGAAGAGGGGACGCGAAAGUAGAGGAGCGGGGCCAGGGCGAUCCUAUCAGCCCCCUUGUAGAGUUUGAUCGUGAGGAACAGGCUUCAGAAGGGAGGGGCGCCAGAUCAAAACUCAGUCCGGGAUUCCUGCGGAAGGACGGGGGUGAAACUCUGCAAGAGACGGCGGGCAGAAGUGUAGGGAGAAGCUCAGACAAGCCGGAGAGAAGAAAGUCGGGAACAACUGGGGAGAGAAGCUCAGACAGGGCGGGGGGCCGGAGGCAAGAGGGUGGGGGGGAGAAAGAUAUAAGGAGCGAGAGGAAUGUAGAGAGGGGCAAGGGGAGAAGCUCAGACAUGUCGGAGAGACAAAAGUCGGUGACAACCUCGGAAAGGGGCUCAGACAGGGCAGGGGGCCGGGGGCAAGAAUCGAGAGGAAAGGAGAGGGAGAGCGAGAGAGGGGGGGUGAAAGAAGGCAGAAGUCAGGAUAGCGGGAGGGCUGAUAGGCCGAGGUGGACCGUAGCACUGGAAGAAAACGCGCAUGAGGGUUUGAGAAAGUUGCCGGAGGUGAAGAGGGAGGAAAAGAGGACAGGUGAAGUCAGCUGCAGAGAUUGCGAACUUGGAGACGACCGUCGGGGCAGAAGCGGGCGGUCCCCAAUCUGGGCGGAGGAACAGCUCCCUGCAUCCUCGGAGGCUUUGGAGAGGGAAGCCCGUUUUAAGGAGAAGCGGAGGAAAGAUGCUGCCUAUGCGGCGUCUCGCUUGAAGUUGUCCAUUGUUGCAGAUCUGUGGAUGAGGGAAGAGGAGGAUGGUAUCCUUGAGGGCCCGCCAGGACGCCGAGGCGACUCAAAGAGCGCUGGAGAACCACACACUCCGAGCAGAGCGUCUGGAGGUGCGCAGGCAGGGGGUCCACAUGUUGACUUUGUCAGGGAGGCUUUCGGAGGGGCCGCGAUGGAGCCCUUGCGGGUGAGGGAGGACAGCCCUGCCUCGGUGGAAGCUGUGGACUCUGGCAGUCCCUGGAAGAGCAGGUCGCGUCCAAAGGUGCUGGCGCCAAAGUCAUCUGGGAUGGUCACGAAGGGCAACGAGAGGAGGCCUGGCGAAUCCCCGGGGAUAGCCACAAAGGGUGGGGAGAGGAGGCCCAGCGAUGGCGGGAGCUCAGUGGUCGAGGAUGGAAAGCGGACGGCUUCUGCUUUUGGCUUUGGCCAGCAGGAGGGUGGGAGCGCCAGACAGAUCGGCUGCGCUGAGAAGCCUGGGGCUGCCGCUGCUGGAGUAGAGAAGGCGAAUGGUAAGACAAUUGGCAGCAGAAUCGCCGCCGGGGAGGUCGCCACUCGGGGCCCGAGCAGGGGAGGCGCUGGUCCUGCUGGGAAGGAAGAGGCGCUCAACGGUGCAAACGGGAUGCAAGAUUUGGACCGGAUGGCGGCGCAGGGAGUUGCGCGUGGGGACGGGGAGAGGGUGGACUUUGGGCGCUCCCUUGGGGUGUCAGCUGGGGCUGUAAAGCGGAUGGAGAAGGCAGCGGGCGUGCAGAGCCCGGCCGCCAGUGUGCAGAGGCUUGCAAUGUCAGGCGGAACGGGGGUUGUAGAACUGCUAUUGGGCCCAAGUCAGUCGGAAGAGGACUUUCACACCGUGUUUGAGGAGGCGAGCGGACCGCAAAUCAGCACGGCUUUAACAGCGCUUCAAAUAUAUUCUGAGAGUGAGUCUGAGAGUGGAGAUGAGGAAGCAGACAGACCGCUCUUUCAGAGAAUGGGAAGCGAAGCGGCUGCGGCAUGCCAGGGGGCGGGCGGUACCUUGCAAUCGGAUGGGGGGGGAAGUCUCUUGAGUGAGAUUGGGGCCGAAAACUUGGUGAGCCCACCACCGGCUGCCAUCUGGGCGGCAGCGGCGGGGGGCGCCGUAGAGGAAGGGGUGGAGCAGGUAGCAGAGGUACGGGCGGAGCCUGGCAGUGCAGGCGAUCAGGAGGAGCCGCUGGGAGAUCAGGGACCCCCUGCCAGCAGCAACAGUCAACCCAACGUCCCUGGUCUUGCUACCAAGGGAUCGCCAGAGCCCCGCAUGCCCCCUCUUGAGGAUCCCAAUACCCCUUCCCCCGUCUUUGCCCCAACCGAUACUCGACUCUUUCCCCAGGCAGAUAACCCAGUAAGCAGUGUUACCCCAGCGGCUUCAUCGGAUAAAACACCGGGGGCUGUGGACACCGGCGUGCUGAUGUCAGCGAGCGCGCCGCAGGGUCCAGAGGGAACGGGGAUCGAGACGGAUGAUAUCACUGGUGUGGCUAACGAGGGGCCAGGGGGGGACUCGGCGGAAGGAAGGCACGCGGUUGGACUGGGGGCGCUUGGUGCAGCUGCUACUGCGCCCCCGGCGGGAGGGCUCUCAGUCCCUCCUCCUGAGGUCUUGGCAGAGUCUUCCAGUGGACCUGCUGAGGAGCCGGGGGCCAGGAAAAUGACAAGCGCAGGAGACCCGUCCUUCGAGGAUGGGGUGGCGGUCGAGGAAGAGCUGCCUGUUUGGCAAGGGCAGCGAAGCGGAGGAGAGCAGCCAAGCGAAGGAGAGCAGCCAAGUGCCCCAAUAGAACGGCCGACAGCCCUGGACGACGAACCUGCUGACAGUGGUGCGGUGCCUGGGGAAAGGACGCCGGAGGAGGGGUCUUGUCCCGUCUCUGUUACAAACCCUGCGGCAGUAGAAGAACAAAGCACAGCAGCCCUUGUCCAAUUAGGCCAGGAGCCCAGCAUCGGCCAGUGUGAAAGGGGCGGUGUCCAGCGGAGAGAUGCGCUAACAGCAGAGGAGGAACGAGAGGAAUUGCCUGACGCCAGGCAAAAGGGCCCCCCUGAGGCACCGGCACAGGGGGCGCCUGAAGUAGUUGCGGCGGGGUUAGCCGACGGUGCUCCGGAGGCCUUGGCUGGGACGCCGAAACAGAAUUUGGUUCCGCUCCUAGUUGCUAGGCUGCUGCCAAGCCCUACGGAGCUCUUGUCAGAAUCUCUGGGGCCGGUGGGGGGUAAUUUGACCGCGCAGGAGAGGCGCGGUCUAGACCUGACGGCGCUGCUUAAGAAGGGGUGGGAGACCGAUCGCUGUCCUGCCCACCCUAAGCUGGUGGCAGCUCGGAUCUUUUGCGUGGACUGCUCCGGUGCGGAGGGUCAGGGGAUGCCUUGCUGCGCAGCUUGCAGCAAGGGAGAUCACAGAGGCCACUUGGUUUUCGACAUCAAAUACAAAGACCGUGAGUGGCUGCUGGUGAUGGACAAUCGGCGCAACCUGAACGUGUCCGACCUGCCCUGUAAAGUAGUUGGCAGCGCAACCGGGGUGCGGAUCUGGCCUCGAGAGUCUGCACGCCCGUCGUCUGCAGCCCUAACCUGCAAGGCCUGCGGUGGCUUCCUGUCUGCAAGGAGCGAAGAGCAGCUUGUCUUCUGUUCGUUGCAGUGCAAGAUGGCAACCAACCCGAAGGCACUGCUGACCACAAGUGCGGCCGAUUGCCACCUUCCCCAAGCAGAGCAGACGCAGUCAAGUACGCCAGCAGAGGAGGAAGCCACAGAGUCCAGAACGGCAGCUGGCAGGAACGGGGCGGGUCACAUUGUCGCAGACGGAGGCGUGGACGCUGCUGAAUUGGCUGACGCUCUCAACAUCGCCGAUGACGUCAGUGAAAGAGUUGCUUCGGAGGCCCCGGCGAGGGCAGCUGAUACCCGGACGGACAAGGGGGCCUCUGCUGCGCGCUCACUUAGCCCGUCGGACGCCGAUUGGCUGGAUACGGUGCUGGAGAAGGGGUGGGAGAAACCGUGUCGUGAGCAUGCGGGGGGCAAGCGGCUGUUCUGCAUUGACUGCGCGCACAAACCAGGCUACGAGCGCCCAGUCUGCGCUCAGUGCGUCAAGAAGGAGCAUGAGGGACACAGGGUUGUGAAUCUGUCCCCUGGCCAUUGGUCCGCCGACUACUGGCUGCUAAUGGACGGCGUGCACGACCUCGACGUGUCCAACGUCGCCAGACGGAAGACAAACAAUGCAGCAGAGAACUCGAGCGGAGCGGUGAUCUGGCCGCGGGAAUCCGAGCCCAAGAACCAGACCUGUUUCAAGUGCAAAGGCUGCCGUCGCCUGGCCAUGGCGCGCGGGUGCGUUCAGAAGAAGGAGCCGGAAUUCUGCUCGGUACUCUGCAAGGUUCGAGCAGUCCCCAACAUGAUCCGGAAAACCAGUGUGGACGACUGUCGUCCCCAGCAAACAGGCAUAAAGCAGCCAACCGCGCCUCUGAAGCGGAAGGUGCUGUCUGCCGCAGCGGGUAGACCGGAUCCGCCGACAGCUGUCAGGGGUAGAGCAGGACAUGUACUGGCCGGAACGCCGGCGCCUGCCGCAGCGCUGCCACCUUGUGCCGAUGACAAAACGGGUACGACGGGCGAGUCUCGCACGACUGGUCUGAACGGCGAAUUUGGCCGGCUUUCAGCCAGGGCGGAUUCAGAAGGGGCGGUCGGCGCUCUUGUGAAGGAAUCAGCAGAUGCGCCCGGGGAAGGGAUAGCGGAUGGCGUCGAGGAGACCGCCGAUGGAGCGGCUGUUGAGCGGACAGCGAUCGCAACCGCUGCUGAAACGGAUGGAACCCCAUGUACCAACGCGUCGGCAGAGGGGGCUGUUUCUGCAGCUGUUCCGGCCCCCCGAGAACGAUACUGGGGCCCUGCGUGGCUGGAAGCGGUGCUCGAAAAGGGGUGGGAAGAGCCGUGCGACAAACACCCCCAGCCGAAGCGUUUUUUUUGUGUGGACUGCGCUGGUUUGCGAGGAUGCGAGCGGCCGGUCUCCGCGGGCUGCUUCGACAAGAAGCACAAGGAGCACAACACGAUAGAGUUGAGAAUUAGAGAUGGUGUCUGGCGUCUGGUGGACACAGGCCUUGGGGAGAUGGAGGUUUCCGACCUUCCCAGACGAAAGCUGCCGGAGGGGCCUUACGGGGUCCCGAUCUGGGCGGUACAGUCCUCGAAAAGGACGACAAGCGUCGUCCUCUGUCAAGGCUGCUUCGGUCCAGCCAGCUUUCGGAACGACCCAGCGCGCACCUUCUGUUCGCUCGAGUGCAAGGCCCGCACGGACCCCAAGUCAGUGCGCCCCACCAGCACCGACCCCUCGCCUGGUCCGCCAGCAGAGUCGGAAGCGCCGACUGAGCUCCCGAUGGAGGUUGCUGGAGAGAUAGAAGGCCUUCGAGCAGUUGGCUUCAAGUCUAUCAACGCUCUUGACUUGAGGGGCGAGGAGGCUGACGGCCUCACAGGACGGACUUGGCGCAAAGCCAGUCUCGCCACGGACGGUGCUCGAACGGUCGCGGAACAGGGAGUAGAUUGCAGCGGGGGGGAGCAGCUGGAGGCGGCCGCCCUGCUGGAGGACCCCCCGACUGCGGACCGAGGUGACGAACCUAGGACCGGCGACGUCAUCUUGGCGCAAGAAACGACGGCUGUGGCAGCAGAGAAGCAGACGACGGGAGGGCAUGCAGAACGCCGGGAGACGGAGAACGGAGAUGGGGACAUGGAGACGCCGGAAGGGCUAGCUGAGGCUGCCCCGAGAGGGACCGCCGAGAGGCCAAUGAAGGCGGCCGUGGAUUCUUCUGCCGCGGCAAGAGAAGGCGGGGGUGGGGCCGCUGAAGAGACGGUCGCUCUGUUGGCGACCGCAGGAGAUGCUCCGGGCCAGAGUGCAGGCAGUGCGAGUGGGGCGGAGGAAAACGAUGGGCUUGCAACGAGGGAAGCCGUCCCGCCUGGAAGUCUAGGAGUUUCGGGGGCCGGGUUAAGCAACGCAGCUGUCACGACGGUGCCUCAUCCGCCUCUAGAGGGGACGGAAAAGCUACCUGCGAGCACAGGAGCGCCUGGCGAAGCGAUGGCGAUGUCCGAUUGGCCGGUAGAGGGGACAGCGGAUGGGGGAGAAGAGGCGGCGAGAAGUGAAGUGGGAGAGAAAGUUGUUGACGGUGUCGGGGAGGGGCUGGGGCCUGUGCCUGCGGCGGGAGGAGGGACGGGGAGCGGAGGCGCGGAAGGUACGCUGGCAGAAGGGGGCAGCGACGCAGCUGUGCAGAACGUUGACGACGCCCCCUUUACGGUUGAGGACGCUACGGAGACAGUACUCACCGCCAGCGAAGAAAGGGGCCGGAUUCUUGAGGGAGGUGAGGGUCAAGUUUACAAGAGCGAGAAAUCAGCCGAUGGAUUGGAAGAGAGAGCCGACGGGGUAGCAGGGGGGAUGGCUCGGGCGCCUGGAGAGGGGGCUGCAGAAGUUACGGCUGCUGACGCUGGCGCGUCCGCCGAGAAGGUCGCCGAGGGGGAUCCCUCUGCUGAUGCAGCUGCUACGGAGAUCCCUGCAGCAGGCCCGCGGCGCCACUGGGGCCCCGACUGGCUGGAGACGGUGUUUGAGAAGGGGUGGGCGAAGCCGUGUUCGACGCACAAGUAUGGCAAGCUGGUGUUUUGCCUUGACUGCGCCGGCACGACCCAGCAGACCCGCCCGACGUGCGCCGGUUGCUUGAGAGGGGAUCAUCAAGGCCACGAAUUAGUAGAGAUGCGAGUCCAAGACCAGGUCUGGAUGCUGGUCGACGGCACACACGACUUGGACGUCUCCAGAAUCUACGCAAAGAAGGGAUCGGGCUGGAGCGGGAUGCCCAUCUGGCCGCGCCACUUCCAGACGCGGCAAACUGGCAACCUCUGCCUGUGCUAUGGCUGCGGCGUACAGUGGCCGUUCAGGGGCGGCGAGGUGCCGGCGUUCUGCUCGGUGCUGUGCAAGGCCCGAACCAACCCCCACUCAGUCUCGACGUACGAGUACCGGGCUCAACAGAUUGAAGCAACGGAUAGACGCGUGGCAGCCGGCCGGAUAGCCGCUUGUGCUCCGCUGGGCAUAAGUGAUCCCCUCGUGGACCUGGACACAGGCCCUGAGGAAACGGGAGCUCAGAGAGCAAAGGCUCGAAAACCAGCGACGGAGGACGCGGAGUUGAGCCCCGGAAGAUCGGGCGUAGAGGAACCGGGUACCGAAAGGCCGGGCGUUGAAGAACCAGGGACUGCCCGCUGUGCAGAAGGCGCGUCACAUAAGGGGCCGCUGUCGCGUGACCGGGACGGAAAGAAGCGGGAAGAGGGGAUUGACGACGGCGCAAGGGCAAAGGGGGUGGAGAGUGCGGCGACAUCCGAAGGAAGGGUUGAUGCUGCGGCAGCAAAGCGGGCGCUCGUUGGAUUCCGAGUCGGCCGGGAGCUGCCACGUGGCACGAUCGUGCUCAUCACCGUGGGGCCGAAGCGCAUGAAAAAUGUCCCCGGCUUCCACAAAAAGCAGGGAGUUGUGAUCGAGGCGCAAGCUGACGGGACCCAUAAAGUGUUCCGUGGAAAGGCGGUCUGCAAGUGGAACCGGAGUUUUCAACGGAGUGAGCUCCAAGUCAUGGGCAUUCCAAAGGGCCAUCACCUUCGCGCAAAGGAUUUUGAGAAGGGGUCAUGGGACGGAAAGAUGACUGCCGAAGAGAUCACGAACGGGGCCGGCCUCUUAGACGCAGACGGCCGUAGUUUCUACAAACUGCGCAAGACUCUCGUGUCGGCUGGGGAGAAGGAGAAAGCAGGAGUGGAGGGGAGUGACGCGAGCAGAUGGGGAGAUGACAUCAGUGAGGGCGGCGUGGUUCUGGGCAAGAGGAGACAGAGCGGCUCGGCAGGAGAGUCGCACGACGAUGAGGGGGGGAGGAAGAUGAGCUUGAAGAAAGUCAUGGAAGCAUCGGACGCGUCGAAGAAGAAGCCGCGGGGCGGGGCCGCGAACAGCGCGCAGGAGGCAGCUUUGAAGAAACCUGCUCCAAAAGCUUCGGAAAGGAGGGUGUCUCGAGAGCUUUUGUGCAUUGUCGGCGAUGUUGAUCUGGUUGCUAGGGAGGAAAGGCGGGCAACGAGAGCGAGAGCAAAAGAUCCCCAACCCGCUGUCGGCACGGGGCGCAGGGGAACGGGGGGAAAGCGGAAGCUGGACAGAGCGGUCGAAGCGCCCAAGGAGAAGAAGGCGAGAAGUGCGGGGGAUAAUGAAGGCGACGAGCAGGCCAAAGGAGGAGCAGAGACACCAAACCGAGAAAGCGGUGCGCUGAAGCUGUUCACGGGGGGCAUGACGGAGCUUGCGGCUCUCCUAGCGAACCUCGGCAACGAGGGCAUCGGUCUCGGUCUCGAUGCGCAUGCCGUUCUGGCGGGUGCGGCGGAUGUCGUCAGCGCGAGCGCGGCUGCUGACGUCAGCGGGAGCGCGGCACUAGCGCAGACCGUAGCACCACCGGCCGAGGCUGCGUCGCAAGGGGGGGCCGAACCGGGAACGACGGUGGUUGACUUGGAUCAAGACGAGCCAUCUUCAGAAGAUGCGACCCCCAAGAAGAGACAACGGAGAAGCGCGCCAGCAGCGUACCCGCUCCUAAGCGAUGGCGUGCAACUUUUGGAUCGGUCGAGCAAGCGGGCGGCUGCAACCAAGGCCUGCCAGAAGAUCAAGCAGAAUCUGAUCCGAGAGCGGAUCCCGAUAACCGACGACGGGGAGCAGGUGCCUCAGGAGAAGGCCGAGCCAGUCCCUCAGGCAGCGGCAAAAGCUCUGGCCGUCCCGAACCGGGAGACCGAACCCCACGGUUUAAAGGCGCCCCGCCCACCUACGGCGCCGCCAGCGGGGCUGUGCUGGCUCGGAAGUGGGCGGGUGGCCCCAACUGGGGGGUCGCUACCAGGGCAAAUGCAGGCCCCCGCGAGUGCUCACCCUGCAACUUCGAGCAUCGGGCACUGGGCACCUUUUAAACUUGGGGACCCAGUGGCCGAUCAGUUUGCGUCGCAAAUCCUAGCCACCAGCUUCCGAGCGUCCCGCAAUGCCUCCAGGGACCCAUCGGACAGACUAAUUAUCUUCAGGACUGAGACAAGCCUCGUCGUCGGCGGCCGCGUGACUGCGGCAGGGGCUAUACUCCUGGAUCAAUGGGGCUUGCAGCUGCAUCGGAUGGGUUUUCCUGGCGUCGUCGUGGAUCGAUCUGCAAAGACGGUGGUCAGUCUGCUCCCCGUUCCAGUGCCUUUUCCCGGAGCGCCCAUAGCCAGCGUAUUCUCACCCGCAGUCCAAAAGGGUGCCACUGCGGAGCUCCAAGCCCGAGGGUCAGCCGCCCCUGCAACCGAAGUGCCGCCACUCAUCCCGAGCCGACAAACGAGCGACCAAGAACCCGUUCUCGGCCCCGGGGCAAUGCGGAAUGGAGCUCCGAGCGUUCCGACAUCAGUUGCGCAGCCUGUGACUGCCCAACCGCCUCCCCCGGAGCGCAUCCCAACUCCAAGUCCGAGAGCGGGAUCGAUCCCCCCUGAGGAAGGGGUCGGUCCAAAGGGCAAGAGACAGAGCGCCGCGACAGUUGCGUGCCUGGCACUAGGGACUCCAAGGGAAUGGAAGCGCCAGAGGCGGGCGGAGGAGGAGUGUAGCCCUGCCGCGGAGGGCUCCGAGGUGCGCUCAGAAGAUCUGAGUGAGGCUGCCGAAUUGGAGCGACACGAGGCAGAGGGGACCGGUGGCCCCGUCCCGUCGGAUCCGGUCCUGGUGUCCCCCCCGCCUGCGGAUUCGACGGAGCUGCCGGAUUCGAAAGAGUCGCAGCUAGGGAUGGGGCCGCUGGGAAUCGAAGCCGUGCCGAUUCCUCUGGAGGAGCCGCAUGUGAGGCCCAAGAGAAAUGCGCGCGUCGAGACCUCGAAAUUGGCAGCCCCGCCGGCGGCAGCUCGGUACGCUGUCAUACGUACGCGGCCCGCGAAAGGGGGCCCGUUCGCCACUGAGAAGAUCAUCGCGGCCCCGGACGCGGGGGUCCACGAAUCCCUGGGUGAAAAGCAGUCAGGCCCGCCAGCCCAAGAACAGACUCGUCAAGGCGAAGUGGGGGAUCCCCCAGAGACUGGCCCGCCGACGAUGCCAGUGACGAAGCGAAAGGGUAGGCCGCCCAAGAAGAAGCUCGACGAGGCCGUGGCGGCGCCCGCCGCUGACGUCACCGGCGGCGCUGACGUCAGCAAGGGCCACUCCAGCGGCGCUGAUGUCGGCAAGGGGGCCGCAACACCCGCUGCCCACACCCCCCAGAAGAAGAGGUCCCAAGGGGGCAAGCGGCCGCAGGAGAAGGCGGCGGGGGCGGCAGGCGCGGCGGCCGCUGACGUUGGGGUCACGCAUGCUGACGUCAGCAUGACGGAAGCAGCGGCUGUUGCAGCGCCCCUAGUGGUUCCGAAGGCGGCAAAAGGGGGCAAGGGGAGGGGUCUGCAGCAGCAGCAGGCGGGCCGGAGCAUGAGCGCCGUUGCGGGGGGGGCAGCUCACAAUGCCAUCGUUCCCAGGGGGGCAGUUUCUGCGGUGGGAGAGGGGGGGGCGGCGAGCAACGGGGCUGCGAACGGGAAGAAGCUGGUAGUGGCAGGGGGCCGGCGCGUGGUGAACCUGCCAGCGUUUCUGCUGGACUCGUCGGAUGAGGAGAGUGACGAUGAAGAGGAAGAAGAGGAGGACCAUGGGCCUCCGGAGGAACUGAUGGCCAUGUGCAAGCUCUUCGACGAAGUUCGCACCGAUUACAAAAAGGUCCGCGAAGCCAUCUUCUACCUGCACUACCUCAAGGGCGUGACGAUGACCAAGGACCUGCUGGCCAGCUCGCAAGUGGACGUCCGAGUGCGCGCCCUCAUGGCUCACGCCCAUGCGGGCGUCCGCAACCAAGCCCAGAAGCUCGGGCAGCAGUGGGAGCCGUUGAGGAGAGCAUGACGUGUGCCACGUCACUUGUAAGUAUCCUGGGGCCUAGCCUAGCUGUAUGUUUGAUAAGCGGAUGAUUAAGUUGUGAGGUCGACAGUAGUUUACUGCUUUAGUAAGUUCAGACUGCAAGACGGUGCCUAUAUUUCAAUAGGUUUGAGCUAUAAGCUGCCGGACGCAAGUACAGCGAGGAUAUCCUUUUCGUCCCUCGAUUUUUUUGCGCAAUGUAAGAUGAUCAAUC